AUGGCGCCGGCCAACAAAGCGAGAGCAGCAGGCGUCAGCGCGAGUUCCUUCUUCGAUCUCAAAGCAGAACUCGCAAAGAAAGAAGACGAAUUCACUCGGUCCAAAGCUGCAGGAGGGAGUAGAUACACAGUGGGCGGGAUCAAGAGACCUGACAAGAAACCGACUGUAUGGACUCGUUCCAACAAAGGCGUCCAAAACCGCGCUGCACGCGACAUAGAACUGGAAGAAGUCAGUAAAGUGACUAUUGAGUCUGGGCGAGCCAUUUUGGAGAGGAAGGCGAAAGUAUAUGAGAAACUGCGGAAGGGGAAAUCUGGUGGUCUUACUGAGAAGCAGUAUGAUGGUUUACUCGUCGAUUUCGACUCUCAAGGGCCCAUUGAUCAUUUCGAGUCGGACAGUGAUGAUGUAGAUGAAUCAUCGACGGUUCCUCAACAGCUUCAAGACGAUGAUGACCCAGUCAUAGAAUACGAAGAUGAAUUCGGACGACAACGAACAGCACGCAAGUCCGAAGUACCCCGGCACCUGCUUCCGCGUUCAGAAGAUGCCGAUCCAAUACCAGACGAUGACAAGGACGUCAUUCAUAAUCCCGUCGGCUUCUUCCCAGUCUACGAACCCUCUGCAGAACGUAUUCAAGCAGUUGAAGAAGCUUUCUUACAAGCCGAUAACCCGUUGGCCUCUCAUUACGAUUCUUCAAAGGAGGUCCGUGCUAAAGGUGCUGGGUACUAUCAAUUCUCUGCAGACGAUGAGACGAGGAAGCAACAAAUGGAGGAACUACGGUCCGCGAGGGUGGAGACUGAGAAGACAAGACAAGAGGCUGGAGCACUGGAUCUUAAGUCGGGAGAAGUGGAGGGCAUGCGUGACGAUAGCAUUACUGCAGGCUCGUCGAGGAGCAGGGCGAUGGAGAAACGGAAGAGGGACCUUGAAGAGAGGCGAAAAGUAUUGGAUGCGAAGCGGAGGAAGGUCAAGGAUGAAGAGACGCCUGCAAGCAGAACUCUUGGUUCCGGUACUCAACAAGCUUCAGAGGCUAUGACAUUCGAGGCGCGGGACACUUCUGGUCCGUUUGCGGCGCUGGAGAGGCAGGCAACUGAAACUUCAGACCGACCCAAGAAAAAAGGCAAGCAGAAAGGGACUCAAGACGGACUCAAGACAGAGGCGGACGACUUCUUGGCCCAGCUGGAACGGGAAAUAUUAGGUCGUUAA